CUUCAACGCCGGCCACAAACACCGCAACUUCUAUAUCGUUGUCUCGCCGUAGUAACCACCUUGGUCGUUAUAUGAAACACUCGAUUCUUGAGACGAUUUGCAUUGAAUUAAAGAGGUUAUCACACUCUUGAUGGCAAUUGCUUUUAUUCGUGGGUUUCAAAGAGCUUCAUCUCUUCUUAGAACUUCAUAUCCACUUCUCAUUUCUUCCAGGUUGCUUACGCAAAGCCAAGAGCUUUCGUAUUUAGCAUCGACCAUCUCAACGAUUUCAAGGCCGAUAUGUAGGAGGAACUUUAGCCAUGGAACUGUGAACCUAGUGAUAUCAGAAGGGAAACCCAAGUUUGAAACUCGGGAACUUGAUCCUCCCAAGAAAUGGAAGUGGUUGACCAAGAAGAGGCUCAAGUUGAAAAGAAAGAAAGUAAGAGAGGAAAGGAACGCAGCCAACAGGAAAGACCCACGUCGACUUACCGUCAAAGGGAAGAAGAGAAAGUUUGCUAAUCCAGAGGAAAGACUAAAACACAAGCUUGAAAAGGCCAAGAUCAAAGAAGCAUUGCUGAUUGAGAAACUCAAACGGUAUGAAGUUGCUAAAGUGCAGGGGCCUGAGGUUCAACCACAUGAGAUUACAGGGGAAGAACGUUUCUACUUAAAGAAAAUGGGUCAGAAAAGAUCUAACUAUGUACCGAUUGGGAGAAGAGGAGUGUUUGGUGGUGUUAUUCUCAACAUGCAUCUACAUUGGAAAAAGCAUGAAACCGUUAAGGUUAUUUGCAAUAAUAGUAAGCCAGGCCAGGUGCAACAGUACGCAGAGGAGCUUGCUAAACUGAGUGGUGGUGUGCCUGUUAACAUAAUCGGCGAUGAUACAAUCAUAUUUUAUAGAGGGAAGGGUUAUGUUCAGCCGCAAGUUAUGUCUCCAAUCGAUACAUUGUCGAAGAAAAGGGCAUAUGAAAAAUCAAAGUACGAACAAUCUCUUGAGUCGGUGAGACAUUUUAUAGCGAUAUCAGAGAAGGAACUUGAACUAUAUUACAGGCAUGUUGCUCUUUACGAUGACCCGAGUAACAGAAACCCUCUUUCGAUCUUGAAUGAUUCUCCAGCAGAAUCACGCAAUCACCGUUGGAAUGAGCUUCAUCUGAGUUGUUCAGACACUGAAGCUGAUUCUGAAGAUGAAGAUGAAAAUGAAAAGAGCUCUAUGAAUUUAGAUAAUGGUCUUUCUUCUUCUUCUGCAAAGGAAGAGUUGUCUGAAACCGAAACUGGUUGGGAAUUGGACUUGUAGUAGUGACUUUGGUUUAUAGGACUGGUAAUAAAACACUAACGUGUUGUUAAGAGAUGGCAUGUGAUGACUCCUAAUAUAAAAUGGGUAUAAGCCCAAAAGUUAUCAAACUCCAAGACCGAUUGUUUGACCAUUGGGCAGUGGU